UUAUGUAUACAGUCGACGCACAGUGUUAUUAUGUACAGUACACAGUUGUCUAGUUAAGCUAGGCUAACAGUUUACCCUUGCUGCCAGUCUUUGUGCUAAGCUAGGCUAACAGUUACCCAUGUAUCCAGUCUUUGUGCUAAGCUAGGCUAACAGUUACCCAUAUUUCCAGUCUUGAUGCUAAGCUAGGCUAACAGUUACCCAUAUUUCCAGUCGUUAUGCUAUGCUAAGCUAGGAUAACAGUUACCCAUGUAUCCAGUCUUUGUGCUAAGCUAGGCUAACAGUUACCCAUAUUUCCAGUCGUUAUGCUAUGCUAAGCUAGGAUAACAGUUACCCAUGUAUCCAGUAUUUGUGCUAAGCUAGGCUAACAGUUACCCAUAUUUCCAGUCUUUAUGCUAAGCUAGGCUAACAGUUACCCAUGUAUCCAGUCUUUAUGCUAAGCUAGGCUAACAAUUACCCAUGUUUCCAGUCUUUAUGCUAAGCUAGGCUAACAGUUACCCAUGUAUCCAGUCUUUGUGCUAAGCUAGGCUAACAGUUACCCAUAUUUCCAGUCUUUAUGCUAAGCUAACAGUUACCCAUGUAUCCAGUCUUUGUGCUAAGCUAGGCUAACAGUUACCCAUAUUUCCAGUCUUUAUGCUAUGCUAAGCUAGGCUAACAGUUACCCAUGUAUCCAGUCUUUGUGCUAAGCUAGGCUAACAGUUACCCAUAUUUCCAGUCUUUAUGCUAAGCUAGGCUAACAGUUACCCAUGUAUCCAGUCUUUAUGCUAAGCUAGGCUAACAAUUACCCAUGUUUCCAGUCUUUAUGCUAAGCUAGGCUACGGGUUCAUUGACAGACAUGUUGAGACGUCUGAAAAUCUCCCGUCUAUCAACUCGCUGCUGCUCCAACUUCGUCUCCAGGAUGAGGUAUGUGAGCCGGCUGAAGGAGGAUGACUCGGCGUGUGCUGCAGCGCUGCAGAACGCUCACAUGUUCCUGUUCCACCGUCUGGAUCCUCUGCUGCAGCGCUGCCAGCAGGGAACCUUCAGCCCAGUGACCCUCAGAACCACAGACGUGCAGUUGAUCCUGGAGAGACUCGGUUCCAACAGAACCCUGCUGCAAGAGUCGGUUCUGAUUGGCUCCUCUGAACAGAACCAGCUCCAGUUCUGUCUGGACCUCGGAGAACUGGAUCAAGCUGCGGUAGAACAAGAGUGUGGAGGACGUUUCAUGAAUCUGAGGAAGGCGUUCUUUCUUCUGCCUGAACCAGCAGCUCCUCUAGUGGCCAAGGGUCAGGCUCUGCUGCGCUGGCAUCAAACCAGCGGCUUCUGCAGCGCCACCGGCGAGCCGACCCGCCGCAACCAGGCAGGAAGUCAGAGAGUCUGCAGCAGCUCCGGCAUCACCUACUACCCCAAGAUGUCUCCGGUAGUCAUCAUCCUGGUGUCUGAUGGGAAACGGUGUCUGUUAGGCCGCCAGUCGUCCUUUCCUCAGGGCAUGUACAGCGCCCUGGCCGGCUUCUGUGACCUGGCCGGAGGCAGCGAGGGGCAGGAGGCAGCGAGGAGCGAGUGUGGUGUCAUCUGCAUACGUCACCAUUGUGAACUUCUAAAAGGGGCCUCACAGCUAAAGUCCGCCAUGACAGACCUGUCUGUGUACCUGUCUGUCUCUCUGGGGGCACUGCAGGUGAGACCGUGGAGGAGACUCUGAGCCGGGAGGUGGCGGAGGAGGUGGGUCUGGAGGUCUGCGGGGUCUCCUACAGCUCCUCGCAGCACUGGCCGUUUCCUCACAGCUCCUUCAUG